AUGUUUGAAGGAACAAGACUUUCUUAUAUUGUACCUGGCUAUACAGGUCAUAUUCCAAAUAUUUAAAGAGAUGAUGUUUUAGUAAUUAAUAAAUAAGAUCCUCGUUAUUAAAUCCCUGGUUAUGAAGGAUAUGUUAAUUCAAUUAAAUGUGAAAAUAUAUUCGGAAAAACAUACGGAAAAAUAACUUAUGCUAUUUCUGCUGGAGAUUUACAUUAAGGAUAAGAUGUUCCGCCUUCUUAAAGAUAUAAAAGUAUGUAUGGUGAUAUAUAUAUGAAUUAAAAUGAAGUACUAUAAAGAACUGCCGCAGAAAUUGUGGGCGUUUAAGCAAAUAAAUUUAACUAUAAUUAAGUAUAUAUAUAUUUUUUAUAUAUAUAAUUAUAACAAAAAUAUUGUUUUUAAAUAUAAAAGACUGAAAAUCUUAAAAAUAGUAACUUUUGGUAAUAAUAAUAAUAACUUGUAGAAAAAUAAAAGGAAAAUUAAAAUAAUUAAAAAGUUUAAGAAGAUUUCUAAAAAAGUGUGAGUUAAUUUUAUGGAGAUGAAAAUAAAUAAACAUUAAAAUUAGGAACUCCUUUACCUGGUUAUACUGGAACUAAUAAAAGAAUUGUAGCAGCAAAUAUUUUCGGAUAAACUUUCGCAAAUGCAAGGAAAACAGCUAUUUAAGAUUAACAUAAUAUUGAUUAAGAAAGAGUUAAAAAUUUUAUUACUCAAUCAACUUAGAUUCCUAAAAUUGUAUUUUAAGUAUGGAACGAUUCUUUGUAAUUUGCAGGAGAAACACAUACUUUAUAUAUUUUACCAAUUCCUCCUGUUAUUAAACAAAAUAAAUUAUAAGCUAAUAAUAUGAAAUAUUUUUCAGGAUUAAUCUUAAAAUUUGAAGAAAUUCCUGCUAUAAAAAAUACUGAAAAAUAUUAUCCAGACUUAAGUUCUAAAUAUUUUAGAUUGCCUUUUAUUUAAAUUGAUUAAAUUUUAAAUUUUGAUUUAUCAAAUAAAGAAGAAGAAAUAUAUUAUUAAUCAAUAUAAUUUAAACCUAAAUAUUUAAAAAUUGAAAAUGUUUUAAGCGAUAAAAAAGUUAAAUUUUAAUUUUAAGAAUGUGAUAGUUAAGGGAAAAAAAUAGGAGAUUAAUUAAUAAUUGAUUUAACACAUUCAUAAUUUAAAUUUUUAUAAUUAAAUAUUUAAUACUCAUUACCUCAUUUAAGUGGAUGGGCAUUUUCUUGUUCUUUAUCUUAAAAAUAAAAUAUAAAAUUAUAAUAAGAAUAAUUAUAAAAAUAAGAUUAUUAAUAAGACUAACUAUGAGCAGAUAUAAAAUAAGAAAUAUAUAUAGAUAUAUAUAAAAAUAUAUAAAAAGAAUUAUUAUAUAAAUAUGAAUUUAAUAUAUAUUAAUUUAAUUUUUUUUAAUGAUUUUACAGGU